CGCAGUGGCGACGCACCGGGCAUUCUGUGGGUAGCUCCCGGGCGCGCCUCCGACCCAGCUUUUUGUUCCGGCACCGAGGACGCCACACUGACGGCUUUGACCCGCUUGGCAUUGGGUGGACGGCAUCUCGGCCCCCAAAUGAACCAAUGGCAUCAUGCCCGCAGUGGCUGGGGUCGGGGACGCGACUUUUCUGGUCGUCCCUCAGCAAAGAGGAAGGGCGGAAACCGCAUCCCGGAAAGGUGGAAAGACUAUCUCCCAGUUGGACAGAGGAUGCCUGGGACUCGAUUCAUUGCUUUCAAAGUUCCUUUGCAAAAGAGUUUUGAAGCGAAACUUGCUCCAGAAGAACGCUUUUCUCCUCUGGAUCUUUUUAACAAAAUCCGAGAACAAAAUGAAGAGCUUGGACUGAUUAUUGAUUUAACAUAUACCCAGCGCUAUUAUAAGUCAGAGGAUUUGCCAGAAACUAUUCCUUACUUAAAAAUUUGUACAGUUGGGCAUCAAGUGCCUGAUAACAACACUAUUUUUAAAUUCAAAUGUGCUGUUAGUGGAUUUUUGAAAGAAAAUAAAGACAAUGACAAACUUAUUGGUGUCCACUGUACACAUGGCUUAAACCGGACUGGUUACCUCAUCUGCAGAUAUUUGAUUGAUGUAGAAGGCAUGAGGCCAGAUGAUGCAAUUGAAUUAUUCAAUAGGUGCCGGGGACAUUGCAUAGAAAGACAAAACUACAUUGAAGACCUUCAGAAUGGUCCUGUCAGAAAGAAUUGGAAUUCUGGUGUAUCCAGGUCAAGUGAUUUUGAAGACUCAGCACAUCUCAUGGAAUCAGUCCACACCUCUAACAAGUCUGGUAACCAAGGAUCUAGGUAUAACUUACAUCGGACCUAUGGUUAUCCAAUGCCUUCCCGGCGUUUUCACACCCAGUCCCCACACUUGCAGCAGCCAUUCAGAAAAUUUUCACAAAAUCAGAAUGUUUACCAGAGAAGCCAUAUCCCUCCUCCUGGCCCUGCUGGAGAGGACUAUUCACAAAGGAGAUACUUUUGGAAUGUGAAGCCAAAUGGCAGUCAAGCAGUCCAGGAUAAGAGGUGGUAUCCUGGCAGUUAUCAGAGACUGUCCUAUCCGACCUACUGGGGAUGGACCGAGUGAUACAAAACCUGUCCUGGAUAUCUCCCUGGAGAUCAGAGCUGCGCUGAAGAUAACUGGAGUGACUUAAUAAAAUCAGGUCAAAUGAGGUUUUUCAGGUCAAAUGAGGUUUUUGCUUGUUUUUUUUAUUUUUUAUUUUAUAUAUAUAUCUAUUUUAUUGUUUCCUUUAUAUGUGUUCAAGCUUUUAAAGGAAUUACAUUAAUAUUUACCUUUUUGCUGAUAAAUUUACAGUAAUUACAGCAAUACCAAAACAAAACAACAACAACAAAAAAAAAAAAAACAGAACAAAACCUGUCAUUCCAGUCUUAAAAUUUUCUAAAGGAAGAUGAUAUUUUAGAACUUAAGUAUAUUUCUCUUGCAAGUUAUUUUUUAAAAUAGUAUCUUUUUUCUAUGUAUUUUCUUCUGACUAGACUUGUAACAUAAGUUUGUGUAUUUACAGAAAUUUUUAGUGUUUUUGUCAUGUUCUAUUGACCUAGUCAUAAGGGUAUCUUUUUUCCAUAAUUCUUCAAAAUUUCAAUUAAAAUUUACCUAGGAGAAAAUUUCUUUAGAAGCUAGUCACUAUCUGUAAUUAAUUGUGGUGUUUUUGUGAUUAUACAUUUCUUUCUUUGGCAGUUUUUUUGUGGUAUUUGACCAACUUCCUUUCACUGAAUUGCCAGAUAUGCCAUCUAACCCAGAGAUGGAUAAAAUUUGAGAGAUUGGUUAGCAGUUGGGUGAGAGAAACUGAUUUGAUAAACCAGAAUGCUGGUUAAUUAAAUCAAAUCAUUAUUUACCUGAUAGGGUAAAUGUCAUGAAUAGGGUAAAACUAUCCAGAAAACUUAGAAACUUUAUCGAUUAUAAAGGUUGACUGAUGAACAAAUGGGGUGUGACUAUAAAUUGCCUGGGAUAUCUGGCAUGUUGAUGUUAUUGCUCCUCUGCUGAACAUAACCCUCUGGGAUGUUUUCUCCAGUUGCCUAUCACUGGAGUGGUGCUUUACCUCAGGAACAUGAAGGUAGAUCAUUUGGGAGAAUGUUAAUUAUUUUUAGUGCAGAGGGAGCCAGAAACCUUUGCUUACCCAAGCCAAGUGUCUCAUCAUCCUCUCAAUCAAUAUUUGAUGAAUACUUGGGCAACUUGGCUUCCUUUUUUAAAGCCUCUGGUUUUUAGGAUUUCUGAUACUGCAUAUGAGGGGUAUUUUCUCUGUUCUCUCUUGUGUGUGAACAAUCUGACUUUAAGGAAGUAUUCUACUUCAGCUGUUCUUGCCUGUAUCUGAUUGGCUCAAUCAGGGUACUCUAUUUGAUCUAAGUAAUGGCUCAUAAAGUUUUUCUCUGCUCUCCACAUUUAACAGAGAUACAAAAAGUCCUUCUUGCUACAAGCCUACUCUUAUAGAAUUGUUCCCCAGGAUACAUCCUGAAGGCUCACAUUGGACGAAAUUGGAGCAAGACAACUGUAAGGCAAAGCAGAAUCAGCAGGGGUAGGUAUGGGAAUCCAGCUAGUCUCAUAGUUGUGAAAAAGGCCUUGGCAAGCAGCUUCAAAGGAAAACACUCCCAGUAGAAAGGGCCAUCAUAUAAGCUUUGCCUCCUUCAAAAAUUUUUAUUUAUCAUCCCUUUUGUAUUCUCCCUUAUUUUAGCUAUCAGCAUGGCUUGUUUUAAAAAAAAAAAAAAAAACUAAUUAGGAUUUGAUAUCUCCUGUUUCAUUUAUUCUGUAACACAUUGGUUCUUGUUUCUGCUCAUACCAUUGAAAGGCUUCUGGCUAAAAGGACCAGCAGCCCCCUUUUAAAAAGGGCUUUCGUACUCUGUUCAGGCUUUUAAAAUUUAUGUUUUUAUUUAAAAAGCACAUUUUAAAACUCAGAUAGCUCUACUGAGAUUACUAUGAAAAAGAACAGUCCUCUGCCCUGCCCCAAUAUUCUUUUCUCAGAAGCAACCACCUUAAGUAUUUUCAUGUUAUCAUCUGGUAUUUGGUUCCAUUAUUUAAAUAAUAUGACUAUAGCCACUUCUUGAUUUUUCAAUUUGUGAUACUAUGGUAGAUGAGGAGAAUGCUUUUGCAGACCUUCUACCCAUUCCACACAUAAAACUUGUGGUUAAAUCUGUUCUAAAUUCAUGUUACUAGGUAAAUAUUAUUCCAUGAGCCAUAAGGUACCAUAGUUACAUUUCUUAUAAUCCCCUUUUCCCUGUCAUUUUUGCUUCAUUUUUUGCCUCUUUUCCUCUGGACCUAUCACUAGUUCGUACCCCAAAUCUCUAAUAGCAUUAUAAAAUAUCUCAACAUGGGUAAAUUCAUCAGAUUCUUUUUCGUUUGAAAUCUUCCCUGGAGCCCUCUUGGUCUGUUUCAGGUUAGGUUCUGUGUUUGUUUUCUAGAGCUACCAUAACAAAAUACUACAGACUGGGUAGCUUAAAUUAUAGAAAUGUGUUUGCUAAUAGUUCUGGAAACUAGAAAAGAUAAAGAUGUCAGCAGGGUUGAUUUCUUUGAGGCUUUUCUUAUCACUUUGUGGAUGACUGGUUCUACCUGUGUCUUUGCAUGGCCUUUCUUUUGUGUUUGUCAGUGCCCUAAUCUCUCUCUCUCCAGUGGCUUUUUGUUGGUUUGGUUUGGUUUUUUGGUG